GUCUGCCUUUGGCGCGAUCGUGUAUUUGUCAAGAAGUGGGCGUGAUACGCUAUUGUGAGGGGGGAUCAUCGCUAGGCAUUUAUGUUUCCGGAAGACUGGAGCUGUAGCAUUGUCUGCCGAAUUCGGUGAAAUACCAAACUAGUGACUUAAUAUACAUACAUUUCAUUCUUGAUAGAAAGCAGCUUGUGUACGGGAAUGUGAUAGGGGAUGUUCAGUGUCUGUGAAAACGGUGUUGAUUUUGGCAAGUCAUCAAGUGAUGGUCUGAUGGCAAGUGGAAACACUGCAAAUUUUUCUGCUGAUGAGAUUCUGUCUGUUGUUUGGGGUCGCCAAGAAAUCAACGAAUCUGUAUUCAACCGCUGGAAUCAGGGUUUUGUGUUCAGUGCUGACGAGCCCUGUGCACUUGUGCAGUAUGAAGGUGGACCUUGCAGUGUCAUUGCCCCUGUGCAAGCUCACAUUUUCAAGAACAUGUAUGAAAAAUACCCAGACUCAUGGGAAAAGCUGACGGCGCGGGAGGCGAACGAGCUGCUGGCCUCGUCGCUGUCGGAGAUCCUGGGUCGGUGCGCCGGCGGCGCCGCGUCUGUCCGGCUGGUGACGCCUCUGCCCUCCAGCAAGCGCCGCCGCGUGGCGCCGGCUGGCUUCCACGCCGCCCUCCGUAUGGUCGAGGUAUCUUCCGCCCAAGAAUUGGAGGACUACUUCCGGAAGAACCUAUCGUCGUUUCGGGCCGACAGCGGCGUGCUGGCCUUUCUGUACUCCCUCAUCCAGACCAAGGGCGUCCAGGCGGUCCAGGCUGAGAUGGGCGACUCUGAGGAGCCGCUGGUGCAUGCCGUGCACGGCCACGGCUCGCAGAGCCUCACCAACCUGCUCAUCACUGGCCGCGCCGUGGCGCACGUCUGGGACAACGUCAAAAGCGUGGGCGGCAUCGCGCUGGAGGGCGUGCUGUCGCAGCCCGGCGUGGGGUUCCUCACGCUGCUGGAGCGGCUUCACUACUGCACCGUCGGAUGGAACCUCAAGAAUCCCCGCCACCCAGUCUGGGUGCUGGCGUCGGAAACGCACCUCACAGUAUUAUUUGCACCGGACGACCGCUUGACGGCGCCACCGUCGGCCCGCCAGCUGGCGCAGCGGGCGUUCGACCGGCUGGACCGUGAGCAGAGCGGCUUCAUUCCUACCUCGGAGCUGUCCUCACUGAUGGCCGCCUGCGACCUUGUCACCGUGGACGAAUACGUGGAGCUGAUGCGGAAGACGCUGGACCCGGACCAGCUGGGUAUUGUGCUGCGCGUGCCGUUCCUGGACGAGUUCUUCCCGGAGGGCGCCGCCGGCCGACAACCGGACGCCUUCACCGUGUACCACUGCAACGGCCUCAUCCGCAGCAAUCCGGAUGGCAAGGUGAAGCUGGUCAAGGGCGACGCCUGCCUGCUGGAGACGGACGUGCAGAGCUCCACGUCGGCCAACACCAUCCUGACCUGUCUGCAGAGCAAGUGGCCGCGGGUGGACGUGCGGUGGCACGGGCCGACCCCCUCCAUCAACUGACGCCGCCCGACCGCCGGUCGGCUCGAUCUCAGGGUAGCGCGCGCGGCUGCUCGAGGCGCGCCGGUGUCGCCGGCGCCGGGGCUGGUUCGCUGGGCGGUCACCAGGCGGCGCCACCGCUGUGGCUGGUCCGCAGAAUGACCUCCUGCCGGAGCCACCGCCGGCCGCGCCGCUAGCUCAGGGUCUGUUCCUGCCCGUGGCUUCGUCGCCGCUUGGUCUUGCCGCCACCGCCGCUGCUGGUUCGCUCACCGAUCAUGUGACGGCGACGCCGCCGCUGUCGUUUCUCCUGUCGGCCGUGCGGCGGCGCCACCGCCGCCGAACACGGGAACCGGAAACGCCGACACUGCCUGUGAUCACAGUAUUCUUGCAACGCUAGUCGCACUGAACAGGAUCUGACCACACCACCGCCAAGCGAUGUAGACUGUUUGCUAUUUACACUCCUUAUCUGUAUGUAUUGCUUUUAUUUUGUUGAUUUCCCAUCGAUACGGCUCCGCGUGUUUAGAUCAAUAUCGUAUGCGUUUGUGCCUAUCGCUGGUGCCCGCUCCAGUGCGGGUGUGUCCGACAGGAAUCAGCAAGUUGAUGCGACUCCCUGACCUGAAAUUGUUUUAUUUUUCAUGAACUGAUGCACACUGUCUAGCAAAAUAUAAGUCUUAGUACGAGGCAA